UUCCUUUUUAAUUUUACUUUUGUUCAAGCUUCUAGUUGACCGUAGGGUUGAAGCAGCAGAUAACGCCACCACUCUAUUCUCUCUCUUGCAAGCCCGUAACUCUCACUUCAUCAAGUCUCAAUCUUCUCAUUUUUUUUCUCUUACGAUUCUUGUUUUUCUUCUAAAAUUUUCUAAUUUUCUUCAACAAUGGGUGCUUCGUUGCCUCCGAAGGAAGCUAACCUCUUCAAACUCAUUGUCAAAUCAUAUGAAACUAAACAGUACAAGAAAGGGCUGAAGGCUGCAGAUGCAAUACUGAAAAAGUUUCCUGACCAUGGAGAAACAUUGUCAAUGAAGGGGUUAACCUUAAAUUGCAUGGAUCGGAAAACUGAAGCUUAUGAGCUUGUUUGGCUAGGUGUAAAGAAUGAUGUAAAAAGUCAUGUUUGCUGGCAUGUUUAUGGUCUCCUCUAUCGGUCAGAUAGAGAAUACAGGGAGGCUAUCAAAUGCUAUCGCAACGCUUUGAGAAUAGAUCCAGACAACAUUGAAAUACUACGGGACUUGUAACUCUUGCAGGCACACAUGCGAGAUUUGACAGGAUUUGUUGAUACAAGACAACAACUUUUGCAUUUGAAACCAAAUCAUCGCAUGAACUGGAUUGGCUUUGCCUAGCCCACCAUUUAAACUCAUAUGGUGCAAAAGCAGUUGAAAUUUUGGAAGCAUUUGAAGGGACAUUAGAAGAUGAUUAUCCACCAGAUAAUGAACGUUGUGAGCAUGGUGAAAUGCUUUUAUAUAAGAUCUCUUUGCUAGAGGAAUCUGGGUUUCUUGAGAGAGCACUUGAGGAAUUGUAUAAGAAAGAGCCAAAAAUAGUACGUGUCAAAUGUUGAUAAAUUGACUUAUAAAGAACAAGAGGUUUCUCUCCCGGUGAAACUUGGAUGCCUAGAAGAAGGUGCCAAUAUUUACAAGGCUUUACUUACCAUGAACCCUGACAAUUACAGAUAUUAUGAAGGCUUGCAGAAAUGCUUUGGCCUAUAUUCUGAAAAUGCCAAGUAUUCCUCUGAUGAAUUUGAUCGAUUGGAUGCAUUAUACAAAUCACUUUCACAAUAGUACACUUGGUCUUGUGCAGUUAAGAGGAUACCUCUUGAUUUUCUGCAAGGAGACAAAUUUUGUGAAGCAGCAUUUAAUUACAUUAAGCCUCUUCCAACAAAGACCUUUCUCCCUUGUAUGAUCACCCUUGAAAGGUAAGUUUUCUUACUUACCUAUUCUUUCUGCAUUGAUAAUUAUUGGAUUUUGAAGUGCAAAUGCUAUCUAAAGUUGUUUGAUUCUCCUUUGAACUCACUGGCUGAAGAAGAGGAUGACACAUCAAAGACUCCUUCUCAGAAAAAGAAAAUGAAGAAGCAGAGGAAGGCGGAACGAGCUAAGAAAGAGGCAGAGGAGAAAAAUGAAGAAUCAAGUUCUAGUGGAAUCUCUAAGUCUGGGAAACGACAUGUUAAACCUGUAGAUCCUUAUCCUUUUGGAGAAAAAUUAUUGAAGACAGAGUAUCCCUUGUCAGAAGCAACGAAGUACUUGAAGUUGCUUCAGAAGAACUCACCUGAUUCUUUGGAGACGCACUUACUUUCUUUUGAAGUAAAUAUGAGAAAGCAGAAGAUUUUGCUUGCCUUUCAGGCUGUAAAGCAACUGCUAAGGCUGGAUGCUGAGAAUCCAGAUUCACAUCGCUGCUUGAUUAAAUUUUUCCAUAAAUUGGGCUCAAUGCCUGCUCCAUUAACUGAUGCUGAAAAACUUGUUUGGGGUGUCUUAGAAGCUGAGUGUCCAUCCAUCAGUCAAUUGCAGGAGAAAACUCUUAGUGAGGCGAACAAAGUUUUCCUUGGUAAACAUGAAGAAUCUUUGAUGCAUAUAGUGGCAGUUGCAGAAAUGUUAUAUACUUUGGAGCAGACCAAGAAACUUGAGGCUGUUAAGUUAAUUGAAGAUUCAUGCAAUAAAGUCAUGCCAAUGAAUGGGGCAUUUGGACCAGUACUGGCGUGGAAACUCAAGGACUGUAUUGCAGUCCAUAAACUCUUAGAAAAGGUUCUUAUUGACCAAGAUGCUGCUUUGAGUAAGUAUAAUUCUCCACAUAAAUUGAUGCUGACUAGAAAUUUGACUUUGACUCCAUUAACAACUAAUGAAAUUAAUUACUGUUGUUUGUUUAGAAAGUAUUUUAGUAAGAAUAUUAAUGGUAUUGAAAUUAUGAUAUACUGUUAAUUGAAUAUUAUAGAUUAGAUGCCUAAAAAUAAAACAUUAAAUUAGGAAUUUUAAAUUUAUGGUUUCAACAUCAUUCAGUGAUUUUUUUGAGAUGUAUCUCACGAGUUCUGAUUGCUUGGUUUUUGUUAUUAUGAUGCUUAAUCUUUGAAAGUUAGAUGCUGUGAUUAUUAUUGGCAUUUUAAAGAAAGGUGGACUUUCAUGACAAUAAUUUUCUCACUUUCUUAUUGAUGUUUAUUUAAUUGAAGUUGCAAGCUAU